UUUUGUGAAUGAAGGAAUUUUUUUUUUUCUUCAAAAAAUCUACAUUAAAUCUUGUAAUUGUGCGGUUAAAAAUUAGGCUAAAAAUUAAUACCAUUUUUAUAUUUAGAUCUUUAAAAUGUUCGAAAAAAAAAAAAAACUGGAGCCAUAAAGAAAUCAGAAAAUGCCAACAAUGUCCCACAUUCUCUCACCCGAAAAUGGCCUCUGUUGAAGUGGAUGUGAUUUCUUAUCUUCAAUCUCCUCUUUCCCAGAUACCCAACAAAAAUGAAAGCUCCACUACUUCCUUAGUUCAAACUCAUAAACCCACCAAACCAGAUUCAUCACCUUCGAAUUUCCCCCAUCCAUGGAAGCUCUUUUCAUGAAUCAAUCUCUCUCUCGCCUUAAAAUACUCUCCCCAAGCUUCACCACUUCCUCUUUCGCUACCCAAUCUAUUCGUCUCAGACCGCCUCAAAGGCCCAACCUCACGAAGGUCUCCGUCAUCCAAAACGAAGAGAAACAGUUACAAGAAGCAACGGAAACGGUUCCCAAACAAGAAUUCAACGAUGACGAGUACUACGGCGAAGUCAGUAAAAUCAUCGGCAGUAGAGCGUUGGAGGGUGGAACUGGAAUGGAAUACCUUAUAGAGUGGAAAGACGGUCAUACCCCUUCGUGGGUUCCCUCCGAUUACAUAGCUAAGGACGUUUUAGCUGAAUACGAGACCCCGUGGUGGACUGCCGCGAGAAAAGCCGACGAAAAUGCCUUGAAGCAACUCAUCGAAGCUGAAGAUGGCCGUGACAUAGAUGCCGUCGACUCCGACGGCCGCACGGCUCUACUCUUUGUGUCGGGGCUCGGCUCGGAGCCUUGCGUGAAGCUUUUGGCUGAAGCCGGAGCCGACCUUGACUACCGAGAUAACAGCGGCGGCUUGACGGCGUUGCACAUGGCUGCUGGGUACGCCAGGCCUGGUGUAGCGAAGCUGCUACUGGAAUUCGGUGCGGAUCCAGAGGCGGAAGACGAUAAGCGGCGGACGCCGUUGGAUUUGGCGAGGGAGAUUCUGAAGGUGACGCCAAAAGGGAAUCCGAUGCAUUUUGGGAGAAGGAUAGGGUUAGAAGGAGUGAUUGGAGCUUUGGAAGGAGCAGUAUUCGAGUACGCGCAGGUGCAGGAGAUUAUGGAGAAGAGAGGGAAAGGUGAUGACGUGGAGUAUCUGGUGAGGUGGAAAGAUGAUGAAGUCAACGAAUGGGUCAAAGCCAAGUACGUGGCUGAGGAUCUUGUGAUGGAUUACGAGGCUGGGUUAGAGUACGCUGUGGCUGAGGGUGUAAUGGGGAAGAGACUUGGGGACGAUGGGAAGAAUGAGUAUUUGAUUAAAUGGACGGAUAUUGAUGAAGCCACGUGGGAGCCUGAGGAGAAUGUUGAUCCUGAUUUGAUCCAGGAGUUUGAAAAUAGUCAAAGUGGUCAAAAUGGUAAAUUAAAGAUAUGAUUGAUGGACAAUGAUCUUUGUAAUUUUUGUAUUGGCUAAUUUUCAUGUAUAUUGAUUAAUUAUCAUGAUAACAGAGUUCUUAUUAAUUAAAUAAUUAAUUAAUGAGUUCCUUUUCCUUC